AUGAAGGCAUCCAUAGCCAGCACACCGCUGCUUCUGCUCAGCUACCUAUCGCUCAGCCAGGCCGCCGCCGUUGGCCGGGCCGGACAAUGGCACAGAAGGGACCUGCCGUCCGCAGAGAACGAGCUGAAAGGCAACGACGGCCAUAACAACAAUGGCGCAGCGGCGGCAGCAGCAGCAGCAGCACUGGCAUCAGAUGUGGCAGCAGCAUUGUCGGCAGUGGCGGCAGCAGGAUUAACAGGACACGGGGCACUCACUACGAUCGCCUUCGAGGGCACAACUACCAAGGCCAAGGGCAGUACGAAGACAACAGACGGUGGCAAGAACACGGCCAAGGACAGCACGAAAACGAUAACCGACUUUAUCAGCGUAACGGCGACUGACGGCACAGCUGCUGCAACGGCUGACUCGAAGACGACCAAGAAAACCAAGACCAAGGCGACAUCUGCCGCUGCUACUGCUGCUACUACUUCUGCUGCUACUAUUGCUCCUACUUCUUCUGUUUCUACCACUGCUAGCACCUCGACCAGCAAGGUUGUCGCAGAUGGCGCUGCCCAGGGCACAGCCUCCGCGGCGACAACAGUGGCGCCAACGACAGCUGAAACCACUGGACCUCAUGGCGGCGUGGGUGUGUCGGUGGUGUCGAUAACAGAGGCAACGGCUGCGACGACAUCGACGGCCGUGACGCCGGUAUCGACAACAUCGACAACGCCGGCAGAACCGUCCACCACGGAGUCAACUGUGGCAGUGGCAUCGACACCGGCGGCGACGUCAACGGCAGCUACGAUUCAAGCAACCCCAACAGCCUUGGCAACAUCGGUGGGUUUCUCGAACACAACGACAGCGGCUUCUGCAACGGAGGUGGCAACAUCAACAACAGCGGCUGUGGUGGCAACAGCAUCGAGUGUGGCCCCGAUAACUUUUACCAAUUCGACGACUUCGGUUGCUUCGGUUGCUUCGGUUGCUCCGGUUGCUCCGGUUGCAUCAACUGCUUCGGUUGCUCCAGUUGCUUCGAUUGCAUCAACUGCUUCGGUUGCUCCAGUUGCUUCGAUUGCAUCAACUGCUUCGGCUGCCUCGGUCGCUUCGGUUGCUCCGGUUGCUUCAACUUCAGUUGCUUCGAUUGCUUCGACGUCUGCCUCAACUAUCUCGACCACAAUUGCUUCAGUCGCCCCAAUUGCUACAACUGCUACAACUGCUUCAUCCUCGAUUGCCUCUACUUUCCCAGCCUCAACUUUCUCGACCUCCAUUCUCUCGACUUUUUCGACCUCCACUCUCUCGACCUCCAUAUUCUCGUCCAUCCCGACCACCUCGACCUCAUCCUCCCUGGUCAUCUCAGUCGCCACAUUUCCCUCGAUCCUCUCGACCUUGGACGCCGCAACCAGCACUGCGCCUAGCACCGCUUUCGCAAUCACUACGACAACGGCGGCCGUAGGCGCUGCCCUUGUUCCGUCUACCAGCACCGUUGCUGCUGCUGCCACACUCGUCCUCGGAAUGGAGGGCGCGACCACGACGGCAGCGGCGGGAGCAGCAGCAACCUUGGGUGUCGCCAACGGUGCGCAAGCAGUGUCGAUCGACUUUUCCGGACUGUCGCUCACCGAUGUGCUGACGUUGGGCAGCCUGGCAAAGUCGACGGGUGUUUGA